AACAAUAUGGCCGACAAUUUACUGCUUCGGGCACUUCAGGGACAACCUAAGAGGCUAAAUCUUUGCAACAGGCAUUUAGACAAAUUACCCAAAUCGAUAAGAAGGAUAGAAUCCUUAUGUGAACUGAAUCUCAAAAAUAAUAAUCUGAAAAAACUUCCUGAUGAACUCACAUAUUUACUUCAAUUACAAAUGCUUCAUCUUGGAAACAAUGAAUUUGAGGAUUUCCCAUCCAUUUUGCAACAUAUUAACAGCUUACAGAAACUGCACAUGUUUGGCAACAAAAUUACAGAUAUUCAUCCAUCUUGCCUAAAUGGUUUCAGAGACUUAAGAUUCCUGAAUUUGAACAAUAACAAGUUAAAAACACUGCCUUCAGAAAUUGGCAAUCUACAAAACAUUGAAUUCCUUAGUCUGGACAAUAACGAAAUUCAAACACUCCCUGUAGAGAUUUGUGCACUUUCCACAUUGAAAGAGCUGCAUGCUGCUGGAAAUCAGAUGACCUCACUGCCUUUGGAGUUUGGUUAUUUAACACAACUGGAAAAACUGUUUAUUCAGAAGAAUAAAAUCAGGGAACUUCCAGAGGGCAUUGGAAAGUGCUAUCACCUUCAAGUGCUAGAUGUGGCUGGAAAUGACCUUCGGAUCUUUCCAACAGAGAUUUCCAGUCUGCCCCUAAAGGAAUUACAUUGUGAAGAAAAUCCCUUACUUCAACAUGUGCCUAUCCAUUCUCUCCAGGAAGAGGAGGUCCUGACACUCAAGGAAAUUGUUGCUCGUUUUGUGUUGAAAGAGAUGCGAGGCAGGUGGUCAUACCUGCGGAGGUCAAUCAGACACUACCCUCAGCUGCAAGACAUGUUAGCACAAAGCAGCAAGUGUGCUGUAUGUGGUGAAGCAUUUCUAAACACCUGGCUGGAAUGUGUUCAUUUUGUAGAUACAAAGACGAUGAAGAUCAGAAAUAUGAAUGGCAAAAUUCCAGUGAGAGCACUGCUUUGCUCAUACACAUGCUUCAAUUCAGAGGGUCAUGAGUACUAUGGAGUUGCAUUUCCUUAACACCAACAAGCGUUUCUUGCGAAUUCCACAAAUAAACAAUAAAUCUGUGCAGCAACAUAGAAAUUACACCCAGGUACUAUUAAGAUAUGUAAAAAUAAAUCUGAAAUUUUAUUUCACCAUGAUAAGGUGGUGAUACAAGAGAAAGAAGAUAUACAGUCAAUACUGCAAUUAUGGUACAUGUCCUGCACAGUUGAGUGUAUAUGUGAAGGUGAGUACCUGUACAGGCAUUUUAUACAAUUGUCCCUUUUGACAAAAAAAAAAAAAAACUACAAUGAGCAUUAUUACAACUGAUAGAUUUUCAACUUGAUCAAACUUAUCUUGUAUAUUAUUGUAAUUCCCUUUCUCAUGCAGUUUUAAAAAAAAAUUCAAGUUUAUGUAAAGCAAUAUCAGCAUGCACAGCAAACAGCUAAAUGAAUUACAACCCUGCUCAGUCUCUCAUGCAUAUGCCCAUGUCCUACCUACACACACUCUCUCUCUUGCUUAGAUAGUUAAGUGCUGUGCUAUGCAGUUUCCUCUGCUGUAAUGUUAUAUGUACUAUGUAAUGAUCUUGUAGGGGGUUUGCACCGUGUGCUUUUAUGGACAGAGGGAUAUGCCAGCACUUGUGCUUCUGCCUUUCUUGUGUUUACAAGGCAUAUGUAUGGUCUUUGUAAAGUGAAUGAGGGUGCUGAGCUCUACCUUCUCCAUGAUAAACUGUAGAAAUUGUGAGGCACUAAGUUUACUAACUAUAGCCUCUAUAAGCUAUGAGACUUUAUCUAGACUGGUUGUGUCCCCUCUGUUGAAAUUUUAAAAUGUAACCUAUGCAAAUGAUAUUGUUAAGACUGACUUUUAUGUAUCAUUUGUAGCACCAAGUGUGAUUGCAGUUUUAUGCAUGGUAUAGAGAACAAAAUAUGAUAGAACUUAAAUAUUUUGAUAACUUUUAUUUAAAAUAAAGCAGGAAUUAUUUUUAAUAAAGUGAA